ACGUGGUAUUUUUGAUGUAAUGGCCGCAAUGAUGAUUGGCUGUGGUCUUUAAAGGUUAGAGUGCCCAAUGUUAAACAAGAAAAAUAUCAAAAAUAUCGAAUUUUGUACACAAAUAAUGCCGCUGUGUAUUGUAAAACAGUGCAAAAAUCGUACUAUAAGCCGUUCAGUGUUAGGACAAAUAAAACCAAAGAGAACUCACGAUAUAUCAUAUUACCGAUUUCCAAAGAAUGAAAAAAUAAAGAAGCUGUGGUGCGAUAUACUGGGACUAACUGUGGAGUCAGUCCCAGUUGGAGGAAGGGUUUGUUCAGCACAUUUUGAUCAAGAUGCUUUUGAUAUUUCAACUGGGAAAAGAAGACUUCGACCAAACGUACUACCAGACAAUUCCUCAUGGGAAGAACGCGGCAUCUUUGGAUGCGAUGAAUUCAUCGACCCAUUUUCGGACAUCGGCCUCAUUUCGAAAGCGUAUGCCAGAGAGACCGUGCGGCAUCGACUGGAAUAAAUGAUAAUCAGAAGGCGCAAUGUCAGAUUAUCGUUCAAACGGAUCAACUGUUGACUAUAACGCUCCGCAGUGACAGUUUCGCCCAGUCUCAGGAGCUCAUAGUAUAGUACGCCCUUCUCGUCCUACCAGAUACAGAGCAGAACUUUAUGUCCAUAAAUGUUUCGUUUUGGCGUCGAAGGUAUCGCUUGGCCGGGGUUUACAUUUUUCCAUUUAGGAUUGUCGUAAUAAAUCCACUUUUCAUCGCCCGUUAUUAUUUUCCACAAGAAACUUUUCUUUUUUUGUCGCACAAGCAAUGAGAGACAAAUGUUCAGCCGGUUCCUAAAGGCGCCUUCGGAGAGUUCAUGCGGACUCUAUCUUCGUUCCUUCAGAAUCAUUCCCUGUGCAUGUAAUCGC